ACGCCGCCGAUCCGCUUUGUGUACGUCGGCUCCGCUCCUGGGGGAGGUUAAUUUGACAGCGAAGCUCAAUCCGUCAAACGGGAGUCAGAGGGGCGACACCUACCGCGCGGCUCCGAUCUGCUGCCCUUCCUCCUCGGACUCCUCCCUUCUCUCCCCGAAAAUCGCCGCAGCUGGAAAGAUGUGGAAACCUUCAGCUGGCGGAGGAAACGAUCGCCAGCCUAUGGCCGCCCCUGGCUGCGUUUAACAAACCGUUUUAGCAUGUCGGCGCUGGGGAGUGACCGCCCGAAGACCGUCUUUGUCGCAGGUCGUGGCGCCCCGGAUGCACAAUGAGAUCAUCUGGACAGAAGACUGUUUCCCCGGCCAGCUGGGGAAGGCAGUGAGGCUCAGGCCCACAGGAUGGGGCAGGAGUGAGCAGCGGGUCACUGGGUCGACUCUGGCCUUUGGCGGGGUUAUGUUGGCUGGUCAGUAUGACUCUGCUGGACCUGUGGCUGUCCCGCUCCAUCCCCAUGUGCUUGAUGCUCCAGAGCCUUGUCCUCAUGGCCCUGUGCUUCCCUUCCGCCAGCAUGUGCCCCAAGGGCUGCACCUGUCUCCGUGGCGAUGGCCUCAAUGUCAACUGCAGCCAUGCUCAGCUCAAGGAGAUCCCAUCUGAGCUGCCCCCAGACACGGUCCUGCUGCGACUGGACCACAAUCAGAUCACUUCAGUCCCAGCCCGGGUAUUUCAGGGGCUGAACCGGUUGCGGGAGAUCAACCUGUCGCACAACGCACUGGAGAUGCUGGGCGAUAGCGCCCUCCAAGGUGUGGAGGACACACUGCAGGCUCUGGACAUCUCCCACAACCUGAUCAGUCUAGUGCACAAGGACACCUUCGCCCAGCUAAAGGCCCGAAUCCACAUGGGUCACAACCCUUGGCACUGUGACUGCGCCUUGCAGCAGGCCCUCCGCGGCAUGUUCUACAACCACGAGUCGGCCGGCCAGGUGCUCUGCAAGACUUCCGAUCUCCAGGACCUGGAAGGACAACCCUUUCUCUCUGUGGAUGCCGACCUCUGUAACCUGGCCAAGCGCACCACAGACUACGCCAUGCUGGUCACCAUGUUCGGUUGGUUCGCCAUGGUCAUCUCCUACGUGGUGUACUACGUCCGGCAGAACCAGGAGGAUGCCCGACGCCACCUGGAGUACCUCAAGUCCCUCCCCAGCAAACCGAAGAAGCAGGACGACGGGGAGGAUGUCAGCACUGUGGUAUGACUCCGCCCCAAACGGGGGCGUGGCCUCCUGCCUCACAUCAGUCACGACACAUCAUCCUGCCUGCAGGGGUCAGGACCCGGGAUUAGGGAACCGGAAUUCACUUCCGAAUAAUCUGGACAAAACCUGCCUAUUUCAUAUUUUUGCUUCCCCUGAGUAGUGUGACAAUUUUGAAUAGGAAUUCUGUUAAUGAUUCCUAUUCUCAUUUUUACUGAACCAUAUUUCCCGGCGUAACGAAAGCCAUUGAAAUGUAGUCAAAAUCUGAAUUUUAACUUGAAAGUUUAGUUUUAAGUUCCUUCGUUAAACUUGAAUGAAUACGAGUUAAAGUAAAGAAUGCAGAACAAAUCGAUCUCCGAGGAUGUGUGAGUUAUGUUACUUUGACCUUUUUCGAUUAUUACUGACAACCUUCAGUUUUUCACAGACUCACCUUGUAGAUCAAUUUAAAAUAAAAAACAGGAGUUUUUUGAGAGUAGAGAACUCAGGUUUAACCCUUAAAUGACCACCUGCUUUCCUGUCGACUCAUUUCCACCCUUUAAUGGUUCCUGUGAUCUGCUAACCCUUCAUAAAUAUGCGAUUGUCCAUGCAAGGAGAUCGUAGGAAAAGUUAUUUUGAAGGUGCUGUGACCAUUUUAUGUAUUGCUUUGUUUUAAUGCUAUUCUUUAUAUUCUUCCCCAAACUGAAAACCGUCAUAUGUUACAUCUCCGUAUAAAUUCUUAACAUCCAAAACCUAAAUAUCACCACAGGACGUGACUAUAUACCAAUUCCCCAGUAAGUUUCAGCACCCAGUAAACCUCACGCCAGGAUAUUUGCUGGGCGUCUGCAUGGGGCAUGUUGUGACGUUAAUCUCAGUAUAUAACCAGUUAGGUUUACAGUUUCAUUGGCCUCCUGUAACUGGAAUAAUGAACUUGUAUAUACAAAACCUUGAUGUUGUAUGGGAUGGUUUGGGAAAGAAAAUUACCCUUUAAAAAGUUGUAUAUGAAUGUAUUAGUGCAGCCUGUUGCCUUGUCUUGCGGAAACAGCUUUGUGUACUUAUGAAGGGGGGGGGCAGCCUUGCAGUGCAUGAACCGCAGGUAACAAAGCACAAUGUAGCCAAGCGUUCUGGAGAAUCAAGUGCCUGAAAUUACAGUCUUUCACACAUUUCAGUCGAAUCAUGCUGCAGCUUCCUCGGUUUAAAUCUGGCCUUAUUUUCUGACAUUAAGCAUUUGAUCAAUCCCCCGUUUCGGUAAAUUUUAUAUAGUAGGAAUGCUUUUAUGUUCAUUACCAUAGUAACAAGCCUAUUUUAUUAACCAUGGCGUAAUUAAAGAAAAGAUUAAUGGAAAUGGGUGUUUGACUUAUCUUGUUGUUAGAUAAUGAUGGUGGGGGGGAGCUGCUGCCUCCCGCUGUUGGGGUUUAUAUUUGGCUAAUGGCGCCGAGGAAAAACAUUUAUUAUGCUAAUGUAUUACAAAUGAGGAGAGUGGCUGGAAAUUGAGUUUUUCUUUUUUCUUUUCAUUAUUUAAUAUUUUUUCUUUUCCAGGGAGAUGUUUGUCUGUUUGAAGACCCGGGUACUGAUUACAGACUGUACUUUAAACACUGUAGGCAUGUUGUAGGACUAAAGAAAUAAAGGAAUUAAACCUA